ACACACACGGACGUAUAGCUCGGUUUUUGCCAAAUUGUAUUAUAAAAACCAUAUAAUUGAUAAUAUAAAAUGACAAAACAGGUAUUUAACUAUACCUUAAGUGAAAAGUCUAUACCAAUUUAGCAAACUAAAAGCAAGCCAAAACAUCCAGCCAAAAGUAUUGCCUGCUGAGAUCAGGGGAACUCAACGAAUCUAAACAUUAAGAGUACAACAACAAAAUGGUCGAUCCGCUGUGUAAUUACAAUGUUUUGGAAUCAAUAUUCUCAUAUUUGGAGCUCAAUGACUUGAGUCGAUGUUCACAAGUCUGCAAGAGUUGGUAUCACUUCCUGAACGAUGAGAACAGUGAUGUUUGGCGAUGGCAUUGUCUGCGCAAGCUUCCCAAGGAGUCUGUCAAAUCCGACCUCCUCUCCUCAGUCUCCACAUACAAAACAAAACUGCGGGCGUAUCUUCAUGCUUGGAGUCCCGACGAUCGCUCACGCAAUGUCUACAUUAAGCCAAAUGGAUUCACGUUGCAUCGCAAUCCGGUAGCACAAAGUACGGAUGCGGCACGAGGUAAAAUUGGAUUCCGGCAAGGUCGUCAUGCGUGGGAAGUGAUUUGGGAAGGACCACUUGGAACAGUAGCCGUAGUUGGCAUAUCCACAAAGGAGGCAGCUCUGCAGUGUCAUGGCUAUGUGGCGUUAUUGGGCUCCGAUGAUCAGAGCUGGGGCUGGAACCUGGUUGAAAACCAUCUGUUACACAACGGUGAUAUGCAGGGCAGUUAUCCGUUAUUAAAUAAUGCACCCAAAUAUCAGGUUGGUGAACGCAUUCGCGUCAUACUCGAUUGCGAUGAUAAUACUCUGUCCUUUGAGAAAAAUUACGAGUUUCUAGGCGUAGCUUUUAGAGGUUUGCCAGAUAAGAAGCUUUAUCCCACGGUAUCUGCUGUCUAUGGUAACACUGAAGUGUCGAUGGUCUAUUUGGGAACACCUUUGGAUGGUUAACUUUAACAGCACAGAUGCAGCCUUAAAGCCGUACAAUUUGUAAAAUAAACGCAAUUAAUAAGUAUAUAUAUAUAUUUUUCGUUGAGAUUCUUUCAGUAAUAAGAAUGUGCAUCACUUAAUAUUUGGUGUCUAGUUCUAGUUUCUUUUGUACAAAAAUGUAUGCAUUUUGUUGAUUUUAUAUACGCCAAAGUUAAAAUCACCGCUAUUUGUUCUGUAUGUACCAAUUAAGUUUAAUUGUACGAAUCAAAUAAAUAAGUAGUUGUAAUUUCAUACAA